AUGGGAAAAAUCAAUGUAUUAAUAGUAAUCUUGUUAUGCAUUGCUGUGGCUGGAAAAACUAACAAGAGUGUUGAAAAGAUGGUAGAAAAUGCAGUCCAAAAACAAAUGGCAGCUGAAUAUGCUCGAGCAUUCAAAACAAAAGACAUUGAAAAACAAAAUAGAACAGCAGAAGAACAGGCACGUAUCAGACAAAUCGAAGGAAAAAAGAAGAAUAUAGAAAUUAAAGGGAAAAAUGUCACAGCAGAGAUUGAAGGAGUUAAUAAGAAGAUAACAUAUUUAAUGGAAGAACAAAAGAAAAUUAAUGAAACAAUUAAUUAUGCACGUCAACAUGCUGAUGAAAAAGCAGGUAAAUUUAAUGAAAUAAUGAAAAAGAAAAUUGAAGAAUAUCAAAAAAAUAAAAAAGAAAUGGAAAGAUUAACGGAAAAAAGAGAAGAGUUAAAUGAUGUUAAGAUUGAGAAUAUUAGAAGUAUGGGUACUGCUAAGACACAAGUAGAAGAAAUGGCAGAAGAAAUGAGAAAUAGAAGAAGAAUGAUAGGGGAUCUUGAAAGGAAAGAAAAGCGACGAGCAAAAACAGCAAAAAUAGUAGCAAGAGUUAGAAAAAUGGAAUAUCAAAAAUUAGUUAAAAGAUUAAAAGAGUUAGAAAUGGCUAAAGAAGAAAUUCGACGAAUAGAAAAGAAAGAAGAGAUGAAAGACAAAGCAAUAGAAAAGAAAGAAGCUAGAGAAAGAGCAAUAACAGAACGAAAAAGAAAAAUCUUAAAUACAAAAUUAAAAGCAGCUAAAAUUGCAGAAAAUGCGGAAAUGAUUAAUAUGAUUUAUAAACAAUUAGCGGAAUUAAAAAUAUAUAAAAAGAAACAAAUUCAAUGUGCACGUAGAACAUUUGAAAAAUAUAAAGAGAAAGAAAGAGAAAAAAUAGAAAAGAAAAAAGGAGAAAUACUUGAUAGAAAAUUAAAAAAUGAAAUUCAAGAAAGAAAAGGACAAUAUUUAAUGAAAGUUAAAAGGGAAAUUCAAGAAGAAAUAGAUAGAUUAAGAUUAGAGAAAGAAGCAUUUGAUGAAGAAAGAAAAGUAGAAAAUAGAAAAAUAGAAGCAUUGAAAGCUAUUGGAGAUAAAGAAAUUAAAGAAAGUAAGAAGAGACUUUCAAUAAGAAAAGAAAUGAUGAAAAUGAAACGAGAAGAAUUACUCCGAGAAGAAAUGAGAACAAUGAGAAAUAAAAACGAAGAAUAUUCAAAUCGUGUUAAGAAAGAUAUUAUGAAGAAAGCAGUAGAAUCAAGUAAAAAAAUGAAUCAAAAAAGAAAGAUGUUACAAGAGAGUUUAAGACGAUUAGAUACGAAAAUUGCAUUAAAAAAGAAAGUAUUAAAACUUCAAAGUCAAGAUGCUAAUAUGGGAAGUGCAUUAGAAAGACUUGAAAUUCAAAAAUUAAAAGACCAAUAUUAUAGACUUGCAGCAUUAAAGGAAAGACAAAAGAUGCAAAUUAAAGCUAGUAAAGAAUUAUUAAAACAUAAUACACAAAUAGAUGAUUUAGAAGAUAUUGAUAAUAGAGCAAAAUAUGCAUUAUAUCAAACAAUAUUAAGUAGAAAAGGUGUUCAAAAAACACUUAUUAGAGAUACUAAAAAGAAUUCUAAAGAGGCAUUAGAAGAAUUAAAGAAGAAACUUAAGAAAGAAUUUAUGUUGAAGAAGAAAAUUAUGAAUUUGAAGAGAUGUUUGAGAACAAGGAUUGCUAUGAAUGAUGAGAUUAAGAGAAAAGAAAUAGAAAGAAGAUUAAAAGUAAUGAUUAAGAGAGCUGUUAUUGCUAGAUUAAAUUCAGCUAAAACAGCACGAUGUGUUGGUAAAAAUGAGUUAGUUGAGAAGAUGAUGAAGAAAUAA